UAAGUUCUAGUCGCUAAAUUCUUUGAAUUGUCCAUGUACUAUUUUGACGCAAAUCUGAGCUGAGCAUAGCCGAUAAAUAUUGCAAAUUAGAUGGCACUGCACUGGAUGUGAGAAUUGCACUUGAGACGCGAAGUUGAACACUGCAUCAUGUCUGGCAAGAAAGCAAAAGGGAAAUCCGACAAUUCGUUGGAACAAGAGGAUGUUCUUCAAGCGGUGGUUAUCGCAGACAGCUUCAACACUCGGUUUGCUCCUGUAAGCCUUGAGAAACCUCGAGCGUUGCUUCCUCUGGUGAACUGUCCAAUCAUUGACUACACCUUGGAGUUCUUGGCAACCAACGGUGUGCAGGAAAUAUUUGUCUUCUGCAGCUCACACUCGGACCAAAUCAAACGUCAUGUCGAAAAAUGCAAGUGGAAUAAGAAGACGUCACCAUGUCGUGUGUGCCCCGUCCUCUCUGAGGGAUGUCAUUCGUUAGGAGAUGCUCUGAGGGAGAUGGAGAGAAAGUCACUGAUUCGAUCCCACUUCGUUCUUGUCACUGGGGACCUCGUCUCCAACCUCAAGCUUAAGGAGGUCCUGGAAAUGCACAAGAACAGAUUCCAGAAGGACAAACUUUCAGCUAUCACUCUCGUCUUCAAAGAGGCUUAUCCAGGUCAUAGGUCAAGGUCAACAGAAGGAGAAUUUGUGGUUGCCUUGGAUUCGAAUAAACAAAUUAGUCAUUACCAGAAGGUCCAGAAGAAGAGAGAGGUCCAUUUUCCAGCUCGUUUAUUCAAAGAGAACAGCCGAGUGAAUGUAAGGUAUAAUCUACUCAACACACACAUAUGCAUCUGCUCACCGAGGGUAUCGGAGCUCUUUGUGGAUAACUUUGAUUACCAGACAAUGGACGAUUUCAUCAAGGGGGUCUUGGUUUCUGAAGAGAUUGAAGGUAAUAAGCUGUUCAUGCACAUCAUAAAAGAGGACUAUGCAGGCACAAUGACCAACCUUCCCCUCUAUGAUGCAAUCAGUAAGGACGUGAUCCAUAGAUGGGCUUUUCCAAUGGUACCCGACAACCUCUCCGUCAGCAACUUCCCUUAUUCAUUAUCAAGGCACAACGUUUACCUAGCAAAGGAUGUCACUUUAGAAAAAGACUGCGUUCUAGAAGAAGAUGUAGUCAUUGGUCCUGGCAGUCAUAUAGGUGUUAACACCCGAGUUACACAUUCAGUAAUAGGAAGAAACUGUAAGAUUGGUGACAACGUAGUCCUUGAGAAUGCUUACAUUUGGGAUAAUGUGACGAUUGAAGCUAACUGUCAUAUCAAUAUGGCUCUACUGUGUGACAGUGUACAUGUCAAGUCAGAAGUUACUAUUAAAAAUGGCUGUGUCCUUUCAUUUGGGGUGAAAGUUGGACCACACGUGACUCUCCCAUCAGGCACCCUCCUCACCAGAAUCCCGCCCUCAGCUCAGGGAGAAGAUGGGGAUGACUUCCAGGACACCUCCCCCAGGGAGGGGGAAACACCGGGGAUGGGGCUCAUCGAUGAGGCAUCGGUCGACAGGGGGCUGGUGGGGGAGGAAGGGGAGGGGUACGUCUGGAGACUGGAUACUGAUGAGGAUGAUGAUGAUGAGUUAGUGCAGCAGAUGCUCAGCUUAAAUCUUACACCAGAAGGAGAAGAGGAGGAGGAGGAGGAGGAGGAAAGCGAGGAAUCCGAUGAUGAUCUGGAUGAUGAAGGGCUCUCGCCUCCGGCAUCACCACCCCCAGAUGAUACAAAAUUGUUUUACAGUGAAGUACUGGACAGUCUCCAGCGAACGAUAGAGGAGAAUAUCAAGGUGGAUAACCUUAUCUUGGAGAUCAACUCCUCAAAGUAUGCCUACAACAUUGCCAUGCACGAGCUCAUACCCCUCGUCAUGAAAGCCAUCCUGGAGAUGCCUCAUCUCAAAGCAUCGGGUCCCCUGUCGUCGCAACAGCUUCUGUUAGCUGUCAAGAAGCUGUUUGUGAGAUUAAAACCACUCUUCAGUAAUUACAUCAAAGGUGCUGAAUCACAAAAGGACUGUCUCAAUGCUCUCGAGGAGUACAGCAUGGUGAAUGAGUCUACGGCGGCCAUCUUUGCCAAGCUUGUACACCACCUCUAUGAUGCAGAUAUCCUUUCUGAAGAGGUCAUCCUAAAAUGGUACAGCAAAAUGGACCAAGAUGCAGAUACAAGAAGACGUGAAGUCAGGUCAAAGCUUGCUUCAUUUGUCACAUGGCUACAGGAGGCAGAGGAAGAGAGUGACGAGGAGGGAGACUAACCGGUGUCCGCUUCAUACGUAGGGCUCCCUCUGCUGUCCAGAGCCAGAAUGCAUCGGAAGAGUUUGUUCGCACAACAUGAUACACACAAAUCCGAAAGUGUAGAACUUCAAUGUUGCCACAUUUCCAAAAGAAAUAGCCAAGUCUCAAGUCUCAGUUUUUAGAAAAACAUUGCCAGCAGGUACAGGUGCUAUGGAAGAGUUCUCUAAUGAAACGAGAUACAUAAAGGCUGAUCAAAAAAUACAACAAUUUUGAAAUGCUAGAAUUUCCAUGUUGCAAAUACACGAGUCUCAAUAUUAUGUUAGUUUUCUGUAAGACAAUACAUAUCUACAUUUAAGAAAAGUAAAA